CUUCGGUUCGAUCGUUUCCGGGGCGAAAAAUUAGCACCGCCCAUGAGUGUGAGCUAGCGGGCCCGAAUAUUUCAUUAAAAAAACAGAAACAACACGUAGUGGGACACGCGAAUACGUCCAGGACAGACCAUUCACGCGUAUCGUUCCAUAACCAUAUGACGCAGCGAUGCCGGGGCUCAGCUGUCGAUUUUACCAGCACCGGUUCCCAGAGGUGGAGGAUGUUGUGAUGGUGAACGUGAGGUCCAUCGCCGAGAUGGGCGCCUACGUCAGCCUCCUGGAGUACAACAACAUCGAGGGCAUGAUCCUCCUCAGCGAGUUGUCUCGCAGACGUAUCCGCUCCAUCAACAAGCUCAUCCGCAUCGGCCGCAACGAGUGCGUGGUCGUCAUCCGAGUAGACAAAGAGAAGGGAUACAUCGAUCUAUCAAAAAGAAGAGUUUCACCAGAGGAGGCCAUCAAGUGUGAAGAUAAAUUCACCAAAUCCAAAACUGUGUACAGCAUCCUGCGACACGUGGCAGAGGUGCUGGAAUACAGCAAAGACGAGCAGCUGGAGAGUCUGUACCAGCGCACCGCCUGGGUGUUUGACGAGAAAUACAAGCGGCCCGGAUACGGCGCCUACGAUGUCUUCAAACAGGCCGUAUCAGAUCCUGCCAUUCUCGACGGACUGGAUUUGACGGAGGAAGAGAGGAACGUGCUGAUCGACAACAUCAACAGGCGACUCACUCCACAGGCCGUCAAAAUCAGAGCAGACAUUGAAGUGGCGUGCUACGGCUACGAGGGGAUCGAUGCCGUGAAGGAAGCUCUGAGGGCCGGACUCGGCUGCUCCACAGAGGCCAUGCCCAUCAAGAUCAAUCUGAUCGCUCCCCCUCGCUACGUGAUGACGACGACCACCCUGGAGCGCACAGAGGGCCUGUCUGUCCUCAACCAGGCCAUGGCUGCUAUCAAGGAGAAGAUCGAGGAGAAGAGAGGCGUCUUCAACAUCCAGAUGGAGCCCAAGGUGGUGACAGACACGGAUGAGACAGAGCUCGCCCGGCAGCUGGAGCGGUUAGAGCGGGAGAACGCCGAGGUGGACGGAGACGACGACGCCGAGGAGAUGGAGGCCAAAACGGAGGACUAGAGAGGCUCCUCAGAGGAAAGGCUGGCAGGGAAGGAGAAAAAUGUGGACAGACGUGGCCACGGUCGCUCAGCCCAACAGAUGUUAACUUUCACAUUGCAAACAUUAACUGGAGUUUAUCUAGUUUAUUGGCCAACGUCCCGGUUUGUUCAUUAGCAAGGUUUCCCUCAGAGGAACGUAACCCUUCUCAUCCAGACCUGGACACGAGGAUGGUUCAAUCACAGGUUAAGCAUCAGUAUAGUUUCUAUUUUGAUCCAUUUGAGUAAAUAAUAACUCUCAAAACAACAACAACAACAAAAAAAAAGCUGUUUACAAGCAGUGGCCUUCACCUCUUGCUUAAAAGAGCCCGGUGUCUUCAGUGUCCACUGCACUGGAUGUUUUUGGCUUAAGGGGGAAAAGCAAAGGCUCGUCUGUCUCUACACCGGUCAGCGGUGGCUUUAUGUGCUGAUUCUCUUCCAGUUUAAAGGGUUUUUACCGGCAAGGCAUUCUCUUGUUUCACUCACAUGGCAUCAAUAAAGUUCUGGAAGUUUUGAUCUCAA